CACACUAACACACACAACUUUGACACCGGUGCCAAUUUCAACGGCAGCAAAAUUCUAGAAAAAUCUUCAGCUUUAUAGAAAGGAAGUUCGUAGAACCCACAGCACCAUUAAUCUGGAAGUAAUAAAGUGAAAUAGGUCUAGUUUUAAAUUUUUCAUUCAUCCACUAAACCACCACCUGCAGUAAAAAAAAUUAGCUCGUCCUUCAAUCAAUAUCUGCUCGCACAGGAACAACAAGCACGUUGGUGCGAUUGUGUGCCUACCACAUAACCUAUAAAAACCGAGAAAUGGCUAAAUGGGGCGAAGGUGAUCCACGAUGGAUUGUAGAAGAAAGACCCGAUGCCACAAAUGUGAACAACUGGCACUGGACGGAAAAAAACGCAGGGCCGUGGUCUCUUGACCGAAUAAAAGAGUUAUUUAAAGAUUUACCACUGAAGUCGGACCUGGCUGAUAUAACAUUCACAGAGGUAGAGAAAUGCGACGGGGAGGCUUCAGCGAGUAAUAGAAAGGGUAAACUAAUAUUCUUUUAUGAAUGGGAUUUAACCAUCAAAUGGAGUGGGAAACUUAAAGAUGGGUCGGACAAGACAUACUCAGGGAAAGUAAAAGUUCCAAAUCUUUCAGAGGAAAAUGAUGUCUCAGAAUUGGAUAUCAAAAUAUCUGUGAAAGACUCAGACGACGAAGGCGAUAAAUUAAAAGAAAUUAUGUUUAAAACCGGCAAACAAGUAGUGCGCGAACAAAUAUCGAAAUAUAUAUCGAGUUUAAAAGAAGAAUUUUCGAAAGGGAUGAUAUUACCGAAAAAAGACGAAGUGAAACCAGACGCGGUCAAAAAUCUUACCAGUGGUUUUAACAAAAAAAUCAACAUGACACCCGUGGUUUCCGAAAGCAAAAAACAAAUCGGACUUAAAAUAGACGUAACGACGUUAAAUUUAACGCAGCAGUUCCAGUGUAAAGCGAACGAAUUCUACGACGCACUAACACGAAUCGAGAUGGUCACGGCAUUCACAAGAGCGCAUGUGAAAAUGGACCCGACCAAAGGGGGCAAGUUUGAAUUAUUUAGUGGUAAUAUUGUAGGUACUUUCGAAGAACUGGUACCAGGGAAGAAGAUAGUUCAACAAUGGAGGUAUAAACAGUGGCCUGAGGGACAUUUUUCUACUGUUACUUUUAAUAUAACUGAAAAGAGUGACCACACGGAAGUAAAUCUAGUGCAGACAGGGGUGCCAGCAGGAGAAGCCGACGUAACUAAGGAAAACUGGCAACGGUACUACUGGGACUCCAUGAAACGAGCUUUUGGAUUUGGAGCUUUCAUUGUUUAAUGAAAAUGUUUCCACACGUUAGAUUUGUAAAUUUUAUUUAGAAAGGAUUUUUUAUAGUUACAACUCUGCUACUUUUCACAGUAUGGUACAUUGUACACCUAAAAAUAAUUUAAUUUAUUUUGACGAAGCUUUAGAAAAUAAAACAAUACCCAGUA